AUGGACCCGCGCGGCGUCGAGUCUAUCUCAAGAUCGGACUCUGGGGCGCUGAACAUUGGCACGUCUGUUGCAUGUGCGAGCGCCAGAGCCUGUGUUACACGUCCACUGGACAGUCUUGCCUCAUGGCAAGACGGAGACAAUGUAGUUUACCUUUUGCCAAAGACUGAGCACACUCCUCCCGUCCUGCCGCAUGAUUUUCCUCAAGAGAAACUGGAGCACCGCCUGAUUUACGAGGCUGGCUCAGCAAAUGCUGUAUGGACCAUUGGCAACGAAGCAGUCUGCAAGGUUCAAGCUUGGAAGGAAAGCUAUCAAUCGGAAUCAGAGACAAUUGCCUUUGUUCGUAAGCAAGCGCCCACGAUACCAGUCCCCAAAGUCAUCUAUUCUUGGAUCGACCCUUCGAUCAACCGGUCGUUUCUCAUAAUGAGACGAAUUAAGGCUCGCACUUUGGAAUCUGCAUGGCUGCAAAUGACCCAUCAGCAACGCUUGAAUGUCGCAAGAGAA